AGAUGAUAAUAACGAACACUGUAACGUAAUUAUUGUGUCACACGGUGUAGCAUCAGCUAUCUAAAAAGCUUGUCAUAUCGAUGUUGUGUGGAGCGCCGCGCAAUUGUUAUAAUAAGCGCCGAAAGCGAGAAUCUGGGCCAUUAAUAGAGGGUACAGUGUGUGUUUUUCGCCCCUGAGAGAGAAAUAAGGCCCCAGAGAAUGCUGCCCCUCGUAUUUAAGCAGUGCGUUUUCUAUUUUUGCCACUUUUUAUUUCUCUCUUAACUAUAUUGGCUUUGCUUUUAGACCUUUUUCUAUCCCUUCUAUUAUAUUACUAUUUCAUCCAACUAUCACAUCGGGCUUAUAUCAAGUUUAACACAUUUUUCAAUAAUGGCCUCCUCGACGUUAAACCUGUGCUGCACCAUCGAGGGCGCGUCAGUUGAGCAGCAGACAGCCAUGGACUUGCUGGGCAAGCAGUUUUUGCUGCCAGACGAGCGACUCGCCGCAAUCACGAAAGAGUUUCGGCGCCGCAUGGAAGAGGGCCUGGCAGCAGACGGCAAAGUGCUCAAGAUGAUUCCUAGCUUUGUCACCUGGCGUCCGAAGGGCAACGAGACUGGCUCCUACUUUGCCAUCGAUCUUGGCGGCACCAAUCUGCGUGUACUCAAGGUAACCCUGAACGGCAAGGGCGGCGUGACUACAGAGCACCAAAAGUUUACGCUGACGCAGGAAGCCAAGUCGCGCACGCUGUUCGACUUUAUCGCGCAGUGUGUCGAGACAUUCUUGGAUGACCGCAAUCUGCGCCCGACGGGACGCCAGCCGCCGAUCAGCAUUGGUUUUACGUUUUCUUAUCCCGUGCAACAGACGUCGAUCAACAGCGGUAUCCUGGUGCAGUGGACCAAGGGUCUGAAUGUGCCUGGGUGCGUGGGUCGCGAUGUCGUGCGUCUGCUGCAGGACGCGCUGCUGCGUCUUGGGCUGCGCGUCAAGGUCGCCGCCCUGGUCAACGACACCGUCGGCACUCUGCUAUCAGCCGCGUACAACGACCCGUCGUCGCAGAUUGGCAUUAUUUUUGGCACAGGUACUAAUGCCGCUUACUACGAGAAUGUCUCGAAUGUGGCCAAGUGGAAGGGCGCUAAUCCGGCCAGCGGCGAGAUGGUGCUAAACAUGGAGUGGGGAGCCUUUGACAGCGACGACUUUGCCUUCCUCCCCUACACCCCGCACGACAUCAAGCUGGAUCGCAAGUCGAUCAAUCCGCGCAAGCAGGCUUACGAGAAGAUGAUUUCGGGCCUAUAUUUGGGCGAAGUGGCACGUAACAUAAUUCUGUGGCUGGCCGACCAGCGGCUGCUUUUUGACGGCCGCUCGUCCGAGAUCCUCAACGCCAUGUGGUCCAUCGACACAUCCUACCUGUCUUCGGCUGCAAUCGACAACACGCCAGAUCUUUCCGAGAUCCAGCAAAUCAUUGAAAAGACACUGAAUGUGCCUACUUCGACCAUGGUUGACCGCCGCAUUUUCAAAACCAUCGCUGUUUUGGUCGGUGAGCGUGCUGCGCGGCUGAGUGCCGUUGGUGUGGUUGCCACUUUGACCAAGCGCCUGGAGCUGCUGUCAAAGAAAAUUAACAUUGGUAUUGAUGGAUCCAUGUACGAGCACUUCCCUGGGUUUAAAGAGAUUCUCGCAGAGACUGUCUCGCACUUCAUCCCCGAAGACAAAUUCAAGAAUAUCAACUUUAGCCUCGCGAAGGACGGCUCUGGAAUUGGCGCUGCGAUUGUUGCCAUGUUGGCGACGCAGACUCAAUAAGUGCUUGGUUACUUUUUUAAUUAGUUUUUCAAUAUGAAACAAUACACCAUU